AUGGAUAUCUCACUCCAAAACCACCGAUCAUAUCUUCACAAGCAUGUUUCUCACCUACCAACCCCGGCGUUGGUUCUGAGCAAACCAAUUAUGGAACAGAAUAUAAAACGCCUACUUGACGAUGUUUCCGAGCUUAGAAUCUCAUUUAGGCCACAUGUCAAGACUCUAAAGAGUAUUGAAGUUACACGUAUGAUGCUUGAUUAUGGAAAGCAUCGCAAGAUUGUGGCUUCUACUAUUUGUGAGAUCGAGGGUGCUCUACCACUAGUCCAGGAGGGUAUUCUGGACGAAUGCUUAUAUGGCAUUCCAAUUACCGAGAAUGCCCUUUCACGUCUUGUACCCAUCGCUCAAUCCUUGAAGAUUUUGUUGCUUAUCGAUAGUGUGCAGCAAGUCGAAUUUUUGGAGGAAUAUGUCACGCGGCACGAUGAAAUAAAAAAAUGGGAAAUAUUCAUCAAGAUCGAUGUUGGCUCAUGUCGCGCUGGAGUUGCAGCAGGCUCACUAGACCUUUCACGCCUUAUUCAGCGAGCAGAAGCCUCGCCCGCCGUAUCUAUCUACGGAAUUUACUGUCAUGCAGGACAUUCAUACAGCUGUCGGACACAGCAGUCUGUCGAAUCAGUGCUGGAAGCCGAGAUAAGUGGGGUGCUGCAAGCCUCUCAGCUCGUGUCACUGGGGAAACGGUCCUUGGUGCUGUCGAUAGGAUCAACCCCAGCGGCUCAUUCAAUCCGUUCAAUCAGCAACAAACUCCCUCGAGGGAUAGCUCUGGAACUACAUGCUGGAAACUUUCCUACGAAUGACCUACAACAAGUGUCCACCGCUGUUGUCGAAGAGAAACAACAAGCAGUUCGAGUCUUGGCGGAUGUCUGCAGCGUGUACCCAGAGCGUAAUGAAGCCCUCGUUAACGCUGGGGCUAUUGCUUUAUCUCGAGAGACCAGUGCAGUUCCUGGUUUUGGCCGGGUCGUCGACAAACCAGAUUGGCAUAUCGUUCGACUAUCUCAGGAGCAUGGCAUUCUGGGAAUUCCUGUCGACCGAGAAUACAAGGACAAUAAAAAUGUUCUACAAGAUUUUCAUGUCAAUGACAAGGUUUUUCUCUACUGUCAGCACUCCUGUAUCACGGCAGCGGCCUUUCAUGUAUAUUACGUGGUAGACGAGAGCGAUGUUGUCUGUGACACUUGGGUUCCAUGGAAGGGUUGGUGA